GGUAAUUUAUUUUACAAUACACAUUUCAAACCAAGAUCUUGCAUAUACAUAUCUCGUAACAUAAUGGCACAACCACUAACUCAAUUCUGUUCCAGAGACGUGUGUGCCAUAAAACUCCUCAGAACACAAAACUCAAGUCUACCGGAGAUAGUCCUGGCGUCCACCUACAUGGCGGCGGAGGACGAACCACCUCCAGUGGAGAUGAACAACCUCAUACGCUACUGCGAACGAGAAAGGCUCGAGCUGGUCAUAUCUGCAGACUGCAACGGCCAUCACAACCUAUGGGGAAUGGAAACCAACAACAAAAGAGGACUGGCAGCUCAACACAUAUCCAACUGGCACGUGUCGGACGAGCUAUCCUGCUCCGACCACAGGUGGAUUCGGUAUGACCUGACAGCUGACACCCAAACAUCCACACCUAGAAGAAACCCGAGACGCAUGGACAUAGCGGCGUACAAGGAACUUCUGGAAGGUAAACUACAUAAUAACACACACACUAACAGACCUAGCAAUACAAAGGAAUUGGAGGAACAGGUAAACUUACUUAUUAAAAACAUAACUGAAAGCUACGAAAACACAUGUCCGCUAUCGACUCCAUCAGCUAGAGGAAAAGGCAAUAACAAUAACAACAACAGCUGGUGGGGACCGGAGUUGGAACGAAUGAGAACAAAAAUGAGAAGGUUACUUAAUAGAGCAAUGAACACAAGAGCUGAAGAGGACUGGGACAGGUACAAAACAGCUAAAACAGACUACAAGAAAAGACUAAGAUACAGAAAAUCAGCCUCAUGGCGAAACUUCUGCGACAACAUAUCCACAGUAACUCAAGCAAACAGAACAAGGAAAAUCCUUGCAGACCAACCAAGACAACUACUGGGUACCCUGAGGAGACAAGAUAAUAGUACCACCAGCAGCCCAGCUGAGACAGAAAGGCUACUGGUCAAGGCCCAGGAUGCAAAGUAG